GUCGGCGCACCAGCGAAGAAAUGCCGGCAGAAUCUGUUUGUUGCUGAGUGCGGACGGAUGCACAUAAUCUUUCGCUCGUAGUGCAGGGAAGCUGUCGUGAUUUUGUAGUAAUACUGUUGGACAAUCGCCGUAAAGGAUAAAGUAAAGAACACAAUUAAAGAUUAGUGGACUCUCGGUUUGGAAAAGUGCACGUGUUACUCGAACGGAAAAGCGAACCCAUUAAUUGCUACGGCACGAAUAAAGAACUCGUGAAGUGUGUGUUUUUAAAUGACUUCAUAUCGUGUCUAUUUCCUGGUUGAAACAUUACUUCACCCUUAUGCAACGGUCGGAUGAAUCACGUGUUCAGCAGCGGUUUAGUUCAAUUUGCGAGAAAGUGGAGAAAGCAGUGCGAGUUCGUUCAGCAGUGAGCGCAAGGUGUUUUGCUUUUAGCCAAAGUUAAACAAGCUACAAAACAAACCAUCUUCUUGUGCUAGAAGAAGUGCCGUUCCAAAUAUCGCGCAAAAGUUUGUUGUCGGUGCACACGGUCCCCGCUUUUUGCACUGCCCCGUGUUAUUGUUUCCGUGUGUAUUCUAUUUGUUUUCGGAGGAAGAAGAAACAAAGUAAAGCAAAGUUCCACUGUGCCUGGGAAGAAGGGAGUCGCCGCUGGAAAAAAGGGAAAGCUGUCUUCGACGUUCUUCGUGAUGAGGAAUGGCAAAACAGUGAUGGGUUGGUGUGUGUAGCGUAUUGUUUUUCCUUAAGUCGUUUUUUUGGUGCAAGACAAAAUCUUGCCAAACAUAGCUGCAUAGCGAAUGGGACAACUUGCCCGGUUGGUACAAAUGUAGGACCCGUUAAUGUCGGUCAGUGCUUCCGUGUGUACGAAACCAUGCGUUUAAGUUUAGUCUUUAGCGCCGAUGAACCGGAUGAAGUGAGUGGAUUGUAACAGGUGGCUGCCAUCCCAACCGUGUGGUGAUCUUUCUAACGAUAAAGUGUACACUAGGGGGGCCAGACACAAGGCAUCACAAGACAUCGUCCCAGAACUUUGGAAUACUCGAGUUGACGCGUGACUCUAUCGGAGUGGCGUUCCUUGCAACAGUGUCCCUUUACAUUCUAUGCGACACCAGGUCGGCGAAACAAAGCGAUCUUUUAUGAAACUGCCGUUCGAUCGUCUAGCUAGAGUGAUGAAUCUGGAAGAACCCAGCUUCGGUGAUAACUACAUACAGGAGUUUGUCCUGGAGCAUUUGGACCACGAUACGGGACCAAAUGUGAAGCGCGAGGAUACGAGCCCAUCUGUCCUCGGCAAUGGUGCGGGCUCGAAGCAUCUCUGGAACGGUACCACAAUGGACGAGAAUGGUGGCAUCGUCCCUAUACGGUUGAAAGCGGUCAGCAAUGGUGUGGUCGCUGCGGGUGUCGGCAGUGGAUGGCAUCUGGAGGACGCCCGCAAGCUACAUGCCUGUUCACCCGGUCCCGGAGAUCUGUUCACACACGUCGGUGCACCAACCCAUGGUCAACCGAUGCUGUUCAAUCCGCCACUCAGUGGCGUUCCAUCCACCCCGCCGGAAACGCCUCCAGUUAUUGGAUCUCCAAACUCGUCGGGAGGUGCUGGAGGUGUGAACGGAGUAGUGGCCACCAAUGGAGGAUAUGUCGGGGGUGCGUACUACGGCACACGGUCUCAGACAGGGUUGGUUGAGGAGAUGAUGUUCCUGCCACAGACAAUGCGCGGUGAACAACCGCUCGAUCUUCGGCCUCUGCAUUGUUCCAUCGGGCCGGAAGGUGAUUGGAUGGAUCGUAAAGAGUACGCCAGUGUGCUGGCGGUUUCCAAUGGGCCAAAUGGGCAGAAUGGUAUGCUUGGAGCGGGUGGUGGUGUUGGUGGCGGUGGAGGUGCAACCGGACCCAACGGAGGUGUCGGCACGGUGGGUAACAACGGUGUGAGUGGGGGAGGUGGAGUUGGAGGUGGAUUCCAGCAUCAUCAUCACCAUAUCACGGCUCAGCUGGAAUUCGGACCGCUGAACAUGCACAGUGUUUCGCACCAACAUCCGCACCACCAUCACUCGCAUCAUCACCAUGCCCUGCACACGAACCGGCCACACUCGGUCAGCUCCACCAGCUCCACUAUCUCGCCGCGCCACGGAACCAGCAGUAGUGGCGGAGGAAGCUGUUACAACGGCCUGGGAGGAUCGGGGUCCGGUAACGGGCUUUCAUCCGAGGACCUCAUCAACGAUGAGCUGCUGAUGACGCUUUCGGUGCGUGAGCUCAACAAGCGUCUGCACGGCUGUCCCCGGGAUCAGGUCGUGCGGUUGAAGCAAAAGCGACGCACGCUCAAGAAUCGCGGCUAUGCACAGAACUGUCGUUCGAAGCGCCUGCAGCAGCGACACGAUCUUGAGAUCACGAAUCGGCAUCUGCAUCACGAAAUGCAACAGAUGAAGGUGGAACUUGCAAAGAUCAAGCAGGAGCGAGACGAACUCAUCCAGACGCUGCAAAUGCACCAGCGUGAACAAUCAGCACAGCAGACGGCCAAUGUGCUGCAGCAGCACCAACAUCAACAACAGGCCCACCACAAGCAGCAACACCAGCAGCAACAGCAGUCGCAACACCAACAGCAACACCAACAUCAGCAACAACAUCAACAGCAUCAACACUAUCAGCAGCAACAAUCUCGUCAACAGCAGCAGCAACAGCAGCAACAGCAACAUCAUCUCCAUCAUCAACAGCAGCAGCAGCAGCACUUGGGAUCAUCGCAGCAUAACGGUUCCUGCGGUGGCAGUGGAGCCAGUGGUGGCAGUGGUACAGGUGCCGGUAAUGGCAGUGGUGGAGGUGGUAGUGGAGGAGGUGGUGGCAGUGGAGGUGUUGGUGCAGGGUUGGUUUCCUCGGUGAAACAGCUGAUCGCGGAAAGUGUAACGUCACAGGAGUACUACGUAUGACGCCAGACGUCGCUCGGUAAUCAUCAAACACCCUCGUGGGUUGGGCGCUAUGCCUGUUAAUUCCGAGCUGCAGGUGGGAGAGUGACUGUGUGUGACUGACGAUCGAGUGGAGUGUGUGAUGGGGAAUGGGGGAGAAGAAGAGAGGAAGAAGGAAGGAGGAGGCCCUCGGAAGCUGUAAAUAGUAGCCCUUAGUAUCACAGCGCCACAGUCAGUUCGGUCUGUGAGAGGAUGACUGUAGAUCAUGUUAGUGAAGGGGAAACUAUCGCGGCAACGACACACGGUGAACAGGUGUUCGUAUUCCUUUUUUUAAUAGCAUGAAUGCUAUGCUUUGAGUUAAGCUAUAAAUUCAAAUUACAUCAGUAAUAGUUCAACAUGAAAAAUAUUUUGGCAUUUGUGAAAAUGUACAAUAGCUGUUAUCGAUGAGUUAUUCAUGUUUAUUGGUUAUUUUUAAGAGGCCAAACAACCAUCAUUUGCUAAUCAAAGUACUUCUGCUAUGAGGACAUCGUUAUUUUUGCAUUAAUUUGAAUGUUGAAGAUUGAUUUUUGGUUACAUGUUUCGUUAUAAAACUAUCAGACUAGUUUUAGAAUUAUUUUAAUGAUUUUUUUCGAGACAAUUCUGAUCGCUUAUCUUCGUUAAGGUGCAUUUUAGCUUCCUGCUCUUUUGUAACGCAGCAUUUAAAAAACCUGAAGAACUACUGUAGCAGUAUACGAAAGUGUUGAAACGAUUCUACUUCUACUAUUGAACUCUGUCAUCGUUUAGUAGUGACAAGCGAUCUCCUAAAGAAGGAGAAAAUGAUCAUUUGGGUGUGCCAAAAAAUAAGAACAAAAACUUUGUAUAAAAACGGCCGCAACUAGCAGUAGAACAAACGGCUAAUGUUUACGAUGAUAGCAAUAAGAAAUGUAGCGAAUGAAAUAUGUUGUAAUAUUCACAAAAGGCACAUUGAAUAACUGUGACAACAGCAGCUACAAGCAGUGAAGCAAUAAAAGAAACAAAGUUCGGGAAGAAGUAAAUAUCAUGUUAAUAAAAUGUAAUAACUAACGAGCAGAAUCCAUAGAACGCGAUAGAAUCAUUGUAUUAUGUGCUCAACCAUUCAAUCGGUUGAAUUAUGAGUUUUGUUACUUCUUAGUUUAUGAGUUUCGGUAUCUCUUUACGUAACUGCAAAAAUGUAAAAAAAGAAGAAGAGACAGAUCACUGAUCUAUCACUAGUGUAUAAAUAGAUAAGAAUUCAAAUCAAACGUACGAUAACGUUUAUCAUUAAAUGAUGUUGAAGAAAAGUAAAAAAAAAAU